AUGGGUAGGCAAUCUACGAAGGGACCUCCAAAAACUGGUGAGCCUUCAACUAAAAAUGAAGAAAAGCCAAAAUCGACAAACGAACCAAAGAAUAAUCAAGCUUUAGGUUCAAAAGGCAAAGAAAAACUCGUAGAUGAUGAAGAUGAAGAAGAUGAUGAAACCGAACAACUUAAGCAAAAAGCUGAAUGUGAAGCUCAAGUCACUUUGGAAAGGCCAAUUGAGACCGAUAGCUUCCCAAACGCUCGUUUCAAGGUUACUAGAGGUGCUACGGGUCAAGAAUGCGAGUUUACUCUUGCUGAACAACCUUGCUUGAACUUGUACGACUGGAUUUUACUGCUCAAUUUGUUGCUCAGGGAUGAACAAAAGUAUGAACCCUUUAUUGCUCAUCUCAAGCGAAUGUUAGUUUUGUACAUUCAAGUGGUUGGUAAAAUGGACAUUAAGAUUGCAUCACUUUUCAGAUAG